AAAUUAGAAAACUUCAACAAAAGCCAAAAAUGAAGAGCACUACUACACCUUUUCUAAUAAUCUCCCUUCUUAUUCUUCUUGUUGUUUUUCCUAUGAGAUAUUUGUUCAUCAUUCUAAUUAUUGGGGUAUUUUACAUGUUGUUUAAUACUCUAUGGUUAAAGUCAUCAGAGAGACUUAGAUGGAAACUUAAAAAACAAGGCAUAUAUGGUCCAAAACCAUCAUUUUUAUAUGGAAAUGUUGCUGAAAUGCAAAAGAUUCAAGCUUCAUCUCCCAACAAUAAUAAUGUUUAUGCUGAAUGUGUAGCACAUGAUUAUACUUCUUCACUCUUUCCCUACUUUGAACAAUGGCGAAAAAUAUACGGUCCUGUAUUUACAUAUUCAACUGGAAACAAACAACAUUUGUAUGUGAACCAACCUGAGCUAGUGAAGGAAAUGAACCAAAGUAUUAGCCUGGAUUUAGGAAAACCUUCUUAUGUCACUAAGAGACUUGCCCCUAUGCUUGGAAAUGGUAUUUUGAGGUCUAAUGGCCAUAUUUGGGCCAUGCAAAGGAAAAUUGUAGCACCUGAAUUCUUCAUGGACAAGGUCAAGGGCAUGGUGAGGUUGAUGUUGCAGUCAGCAGAGUUAUUAACCAUGAAAUGGGAUGAAAGGAUUGAAUGUGAAGGGGGUAAAAUGGCAGAAAUUAGUGUGGUAGAGGAUCUGAGAAGCUUAUCAGCAGAUGUAAUCUCAAGGGCUUGCUUUGGGAGCUGUUAUUUCAAAGGCAAAAACAUUUUCUCAAAGCUUCGAACUCUUCAAAAAGUCAUAUCAAACACAAGCAUUCUUUUUGGUUCUCCUGCAUUAGGGUUUCUUCCGAGUAGACAGCAAAAGGAGAUUGAGAAGUUAGAGAAGGAGAUAGAGUCGUUGAUAUGGGAAGCGGUGAAAGAAAGAGAAAGGGAUCAAUGCUUAGAAACACAGGACUUACUGCAUUCCAUACUCGAGGGAGCUAUCAAUGAUGGCAAUGUAGGUGAGAAUUCGUCGAGGAAAUUCAUAGUUGACAAUUGCAAGAACAUAUACUUUGCAGGUCAUGAGUCCACUGCUGUUGCUGCAUCAUGGUGCCUCAUGCUUCUUGCUCUACAUCCAGAAUGGCAAUCUCGUAUCCGUGAGGAAAUGACUCAGAUUGGUGUCCUAGAUGCAGAGUCUGUCUCCAAGAUGAAAAUGGUGACAAUGGUCAUUCAAGAAGUGAUGCGUUUAUAUCCACCAGCAGCAUUUGUGUCAAGAGAGGCAUUACAAGACACACAAAUUGGUCACAUUGUUGUGCCAAAGGGUGUAUGCUUGUGGACCUUGAUCCCAACUCUUCAUCGUGACCCUGACAUAUGGGGACGAGAUGCCAAUGAAUUCAAGCCAGAGAGGUUUCAAAAUGGAGUUUCGGGUGCUUGUAAAUUGCCACAAGUUUAUAUCCCAUUCGGACUAGGUCCUCGUCUCUGCCUAGGCAGGAAUUUCGCCAUGGUGCAGCUCAAGGUUGUUAUUUCACUCAUUAUUUCAAAGUUUCGCUUUUCUCUCUCUCCCAAAUACAAACACUCGCCGGCUUAUAGGAUGAUUGUAGAGCCAGGCCAAGGAGUACACAUUCUUGUUGAGAGAUUGAAGCAAUGUUGACACACUAACUACAUAUAAUAUGCUUCAACAUUAGUAAACCUUUCCUCUUUACUUUGUUUUGUUCUUUUUAGCUUGUGUUGAAAAUGUGAAUGUCAAUACAUAAAUAAAUAUGUUUUACUUAGUAUGUGUAAUAUUAGUAGAGACUAGUGCAUCAAACCCCAUGACUUCCUUUGUUUUGGGAUUUUAGCCCAUCCC